UUAUACCAGUUCGAAUGAAGACAUUGUAUUUGCCCUGCUUGCGAAUUGUACAUAUGAAGAAUGUGAUCAUCGAUCCAGCACGAUCGGCUCAUCCUCCCGUCUAGUCGUCGAGGUCAGCGGGCGGGCCUCGUAGCUUCUUUUUUUAAAUUCAUUCCAGCUCAUCCAGGAAUGGCCUGCGGCAGGCUGCAUGAUCAAGAUGGCAUGCGGGGAUGUUCAGUCCAGACUUGCGGUCGAUCACUGGCUCAAACGUGUUGUCCCGCAUGGAUGGAUCACGAACCGGGGAUCGUUUGCCGCGUGACCCGGGCCGAUCGUCGGCCAGUGUAUCGAAGCCGAAGCGACUCCGGGGCAAGCUUUAAUGUCAAGGCAACAAAAGCGACUAGAGUGUGCGAGUCUGGCGGCCUACCUGUGGUCGUCGUAAUUCGAACGGGCGAAGAUGCUGUCGAAUUCAUUUGUCGCACGGCGAUACCUGUCCAGUGUCAGUCGACAUAUCUUACGAUAUUGGUGGAAGCAGAGCUUACUGAAGUGCUCGAGAACUUAUCGCAAUGUCGUCGCUGGAAAUACUUCAGCAUGUCCAGGCACAGCUGUUCUUUGGGGGGGACGUCGGAACCGCAAAUGAUGUGGCAGCGGCGACGGCGAGAGUGACGGCGAUAGCAACAGACGAGCGUAUCACGAUUAUACAAGCUAUUGUUAGGUCGUGAGC